ACGAAAGCUCAACUCAACAAUCUUUUCAAAUGGUAUCGUAUGAGAGUGAAUGUACGGCAUCUCCAAAAGUUGACCCCCUCUUGAAUAUUUGGAUUUGGACAUUCCUGGCGGGCAGCUCUUCAUUCUUUGUCCUGCGACUUUGCUCCCGCUUCGCUCAAUCACCUACACUACGUCAUUUCGCGCCCUCAAAUUACCUACUUCAACCCUACCUCGAAUCUUUUAACGAGUAUUUCACGCGAACCAACAGUUUCUCGAACUCUCACAUCGCUCUUCUUACUAGACUUAUUUUUUUAUUGAACUUGCACCAACAAACCUUGAUAUCACAACCCAAAUUAGAUAGAUACAAAGGCUACCGAGCUGCUUUACAGAAGAAACGCUUGCAAGACAGCUAUGGCGCUCCCUCCCAUCGCCAAGGCCACAAUUCAGUCGGCCGUCCUGGCGGCUACUUCGAAUCUGUUGGCGCAGACGCUGACGUCUUAUCGGCAUGAGACACCGCUCAUCGUCGACUGGGUGCCCGUCUUCCAGUUUGUGAUGUACGCCGUGGUCAACACACCACCAAACUUCCUAUGGCAAGAAUUCCUCGAAUCCUCCUUCCCCGCCUACCACAUCUCGCCCACCCCAACUGCCAUCGCCUCGGCCUCCUCCAACGACGACAAAGCCCUUGAAAAGCAAGCCGCCGAAGGGAAACUCGUCGAAGUCAAGCUCAACCUGACCAACACCUUCAUCAAGACCAUACUGGACCAGACCGUCGGCGCUGCCGUCAACACGUUCCUCUUCAGCUUGUUCAUCCACUUUAUUCAGUCGGCUAUGGAUCGUCCUCUGGGCACGCCGCUUAGCACGCCGGAUCGGUCGGUGGCGUAUUUGCUGAGCUUAUUUUUCGGGAGCCUGGUGGGGGCUAAGGGUAAGGAGGUCGGGUAUGGACAGGUUGAUUGGAGUGCCGUGGUGCAGAGUAGCAAGGGGGAGUUCUGGCCGUUGAUGACGGCUGGGUGGCGGUUGUGGCCCUUCGUAAGUGUGGUGAAUUUUGCGUUUAUCAAGAGUGUGGAGGGAAGGACUUUAGUCGGGAGUUUGGCUGGCGUCGCGUGGGGAAUCUACGUCAGUUUAUUUGCUGCGAGAUAGAGAUGUAUCUUGGAGAUCCAGGUGGGAAGAGUAGGGGUUGGUUAGAUGACGCUGGAUAACGGACCUGGGCUUCAGUAGAUUGAGGCGCAAGGCUAGUGAAUCAUCAGGCAAUCCUCCAAGCAGUAUUUAUAUCUCGGAUUGGCAGUCAGUACUUCACACAGUCGUUGGGACCGCGAGACUGGCCCAUCUAGAUGUUCCAGCAUACUCAAGUCUCCAUCGGCCCGAUCAUUAUUGUCGGUCUCGUACUUUGCAGUCCCAGGCCACAGAGGCAAUCGCAGGAGACAUAUUGCAAAAAGCCACUCGGAAAAGGCGGGAUUAUCCUAGACCCAAACCAUGCGUUGUAACUCCCAAGUUAGGGUAUGAGACACAAUGCCACUGCCACGACACAACCAUAGCCAAUGCUGAAGGCAAGAUAGCACGCCAGUAUCUGA